AAAUCCUCUGUUCGUACAUUCAGAGGUGUCUGGAGCCAUGCCACCGAGAAAGAGCAAAGAUAAAGAGGUUCAGCCAGCCCAGGCUGAACAUGCAAAUGACAGUCCACUCCACUCUGAGGGUGAAAAUGAUCCCAUUACUUUUCUCCCAGUGUCACCUUUGGCAGAACGGUCCUAUGAGAAUCCAAUAUUUAAAGAGAAAGAGGCAGACCGUGGGGGUGACUUUGCUAAGUCAAGUAAUAUGUUUAGAGGUAUGAUGGAUCGUCUGGAUAUAGCAUUCAAAGAAAAGAACCAGACUAUGCAGAGACUUGUUGAGAGUCAAGCAGAAUCUGCCAGACGUCAGGAAGAGAUAAUCAGACAAUGUAUGGAAGAGAUGAUACGGGUCUUUGAAGGAGGCACUAGGGUGAUGCGAGAAACCGGGGAAAAAAGUCGUAGAACACUGCAGGCUGUUUCAAAACAAGUGGUUGAGCCAGUGCAACAGCCAAGACCUGAGAUCCUUCCUCCAGCCGUUGAAAUGCCCAGACAGAUUCAGGAAGCCCCAAUCCCAGCACUCGGGGGGCAAGGGAAUCAGCCUCAUCCCAAUAUUCAACAGCAGCAUUUUGUCAUUGGUGAAGGGCAAAGACAGCAUGAACCAAUGGAGGCUGCUGCUCCUGUUGCAGACCAUGGCCAUCAAUCUCAGCAUAAGUAUAUUCUGCCAGCUGGGAAGGGAAAUGUGGGUCCUCAUCAUCAACCUUGUCCAAGGGACUUUUUCCAGCCACAAGUUCCUCCAGCCCAACCGGUACAGCGUGGUCUGCAAAAUCAACCAGUUCAAUUCUUCAAUAGAGACCAUGGGCCAGCCUUGAGGCCAUUGGAAAAGAUUGAUAAGGGUAUCUUGAAAUUUCCAGACAAAGCGAAGGAAACCAUGGGAGUGGAUGCAGAUCCUUUUCCAGCUGUGUCUGUGGGCGUGAAUGUUGCAGACCUCAGGAGUGUUGCCAGAAAUCGUAGUCUGCCUUAUGCUCAAAGGAACCUUGCUGCAGAAGACUUAAGGUGGGUUCUUGAGGCACAGAGAUCCAGACAUAGCAGGAGUGUCAGGUCAGACCAACAGAGGCUCGAGGGGCAAGGAAGGAUCAUUGUGACCAGGAACUUCAGUCCAGAAGGUGCCAGACGUUAUUCAACUGGUACUAGAUCUCCAAGGAUGGUCAAACCGCCACUCAGGUCACCUUCCAGACGGUGGGAGAAAGCAUGGACCAAGACUUUCCCCGAGAACAAGCAUGUCAAGUUCUUAGCUGAUGGUUCAGCAGCAUACACUCACGCCCUCGGCCUUGAACUUGACCUCAAUGAGAAAGGGCUUGGUACUCGAUCUAGAAGGUUUGCACUCUUGGUUGAUGACCUCAAUAUGUGAAGGCUGCAAAUGUUGAAUCUGCUGGAGAAUUUACUGUUUCCAGUGCAGACGACAUCCUCAAAGCCCUUUGAAUUCUCCA